ACUGAACGAGGCGGAGAGUUGGUUGUUUUGCGACCUACUUCCACCAAAGAGUGUAAACUGUGAUUCACUGUGACUGACCAGCGACUUGAGAUUUAACCUUGCCUGCCUUACUUAUUGUGAAAAUGGUGGACUACCAGAAUUAUGUGGUUUUAACUUUGCUUUUUAUUUUUAAUGUAACCGUGGUCUUUAACCAGUCAACCACUGACCCCGCAGCAACUUGCGCCUCGAAGACCAACACAAGCUGUGGCGAGUGCCUGAAGAAUGUGACGUGUUUAUGGUGUGAGAGCAGUGGAGCGUGUGUGGAGUACCCUGUGAGGAAUAUCCUGCCUCCCACCAGCCUGUGUCCCCUUCCUCAGGCUAGAUGGGGAGUCUGCUGGGUGAACUUCCAGGCCCUGAUCAUCACCAUAUCUGUGGUGGGAGGGGUCCUCCUCAUCGGUCUCUGUGUCUGUUUCUAUCGCUGCUGCUGCACAUGUGGGAACUCCAAGAAAGAUCAGAAGCUGGAUGAGAGGAUGGAACGGGAGGCUGACAUGAGGAAAAUGAAACAUGAGGAGAGGAAAGCAGAAAUGCGCAGCCGGCAUGACGAGAUCAGGAAGAAGUAUGGUCUGAUGAAAGACAAUGGCUACUCCAAAUUUGAGAACAACUGAGAAACCGCUGUGAUCAGCCGUCCCUGAUUCUAGAACAUCCUCAGUUGUCUCCUGUGUUGUGCUGAGGGGUUCCGCUUUUAGAACUUCUGUUUUUUUUUUUUUUUUCUCGUCCUUUUACUUCUCCAAAGAACUUCCAUCCUGAGCCACCGUUUUACUGAGGUGGUCUGGGGUGACCUUUCUGAAGCUGUUUUCUGCUGUUUCCUUCCCCCUACUCCGUCUCCUCAGCUACUCCGUCUCCUCAGCUACUCCGCCUCC